AUGGCUGGCCAGAGUGAUCCUCAUAUCUCACUAUUUUCUCCACAAGAGGUUGAGUUUAUGGCAGAGGACGAAAUGGUGGAGAUUGUUCCCAAUAUGAACAUGGAUACACUCAAUUUCAUCAGUGGGAAUUUUGGUAGGUUCGUUCCUCAGAUUCCGACACAAGUGCCUCUGUGGCUUGCAGUGGCACUGAAGAGGAGAGGAAAAUGCAAUUUCCGGCCUCCAGUGUGGAUGUCUGUUGACAAUUUGACUCAGGUCUUGGAAGCAGAACGGGAAUCUCAGUCGACAUUUCAGCCAUUACCAUUUAGCUAUGUGGAGAUUGCUAGACUACUUUUUGACCAUGCACGUGACGAUAUUCCAGACAUGUAUAUGGUGAGAUCUCUAGUCGAGGAUAUCAGAGAUGUGCGGCUUCACAAACUCGAGACUAACUUGGGAUCAUUUCAAGGUACAUCUGCAGUAAAGGUCUCUAAUGUAUCAGCAAUGGAAGUGAACCUAGUCCGCCCGUUUGUGAGAAGAGCCUUGGAAGCAUUUUAUAAGCAUGACAAGCCAGAACCUGAGGUAAACAGAGGCACGAGAAGUAGUAGACAACAGCGUGAAGCCAACAAUGAACCAAGGAGACCUCUAAGGCAACGCUAA